UUCAGUGUGAAUCAGAGAGUCAACAGAGAGUCUUUGUGGAGUGCGUUAGAGACAGGAGCAAAAUUCGAGGACUUGAAAGACUUGAACUUGAACACGGAAUAAUUUUUAACUUAUCUAAACGGGACAUCCUGCUUUAAAAAAUGUCUGAAAACAUCAAGAUGGAUCCACAAACUAUUCUCUGUGACAUGUGUGCAGAGGAGGACAGGAAACCAGCAAAGAAGACGUGCAUGAAGUGUGAGAUCUCCAUGUGUGUCCAGCACCUCCAGGCCCACCUGACCACACCUGUGUUACUGCAGACUCAUCCUCUGACUGAACCCAUGGAUUUAUGUGGGAACACCAAAUGUUCUCAGCACGGCAAGCUCCUGGAGUACUACUGCUUGGACGACAUGACCUGUGUGUGUGUUUCCUGCGCCAUUGAGGACCAGCACCGCCUACACAAUAUGAAGACCUUCUCCACAGCCCACAAAGAGCUCCUGGAGAAGCUGAAAGCUGAGCAGCUGAUCUUACAGGAGAAAACAGACGAUGAGAAUGUGAGUCUGGAAAAGUGGGAGAAGAGUGAAAGAGAGAAGCUGGGUCGCUGCAGUGUGCGUCUGACUGAGGCUGUGACUAACCUGCGUGACAUCUCUCUGACCAGCGUCCAGAGCUCAGUCUCUGCUCGUAUGGUGUCCCUGAAAACCAGCAAGAGCAGCCUGGAAGCAGCACAGAAGGAGAAGGACACCUUCAGAUUCCUGCAGAUGUAUUCUCAGGUGCAUCAGGAUGUGGAGAAGGCCAAGGCUGUGGAUCUGAGAAAAGGGCUGGAGCCGGGCAGCCAUCGGGACAAACUGGUUGAGGAGAUGAGACAGAAUGGGGAGAAGAUGGUGAAGCAAGCGUCUCAGUUCUGGGGCUCAUUGCUGACUCUGGUUGAUCCUGAACACCACCAGGAGCUUGUUCCCACUGGUUCAGACCUGAUCUUUGAGCCACAGUCUCUGGAUCCUGGCAUGUCGCUGUCCAAAGACAAGAGGAAGGUUUUCCACAAUAGCUGGCUGGGACAGUGCUGUGCAACUCUUCUAAUCUGUAGUACCAAGACAGCCAGCAGCUAUCAGAGGGCUGCUGUUGCUCUGAUGAGUAAGUUACGUGGUGAGUUGAGCGGGAAGAGUGAUGUCGCUCUGGUAGAGAAACAGCAUAGUCUUCCAGCCAAGCAGGUGGCCGAGUCUCUCUGCAGGGACGGACGUCUGCUGGGCACCUGCCCUUAUGCUGGUCUUGCAAACAACACCCGUGGCAUGGUGGUUAGCACCCUGGGAUACACUGGUGACCUGUUUGGGGUGUACCCUGCCUCUUGCCCUAAGACAUCUGGGAUAGGCACCAGUCACCCCCGCGACCCUGAAAAGGAUAAGCAGAAGUGA